GCCCGUGCCGCCCGUUUCAGACCCGUUGGCACCAGGCUAACAGCUCCCACAACAUCGGCGGCCCUGGACGCCGCUGGCGGCCCACCCUAGGCAGCCCGGCCCCACCAAGCCCGGCCCUCGCAGAUCCACCAGCAUGGAUGAUGUUCACCUUGGGGAAGACCUAGAGGAUAAAGACACAGCGUUCACCUGGGAGGUGAAGGCCAACAACCGUGCCUACCACAAGCAGUUCAGAAAGAAAGGUUUCCUGUGCUGGAGACAGAAGAAGUACAAGAGCAACGCCAUCCACACAGCCAAGUACAACUUCUUCACCUUCCUGCCUCUGAACCUGUUUGAGCAGUUUCAUCGUAUUUCCAAUCUCUACUUCCUUCUCAUCAUCAUCCUACAGGGCAUCCCUGAGAUCUCCACACUGCCCUGGUUCACGCUCUUUGCCCCUCUGGUCUGUCUGCUUUUGAUCCGAGCCACCCGUGACCUGGUGGAUGACAUCGGUCGACACAGGAGUGAUAAUAUCAUCAACAACAGGCCCUGCCAGAUCCUGAAAGGGAAGAGUUUCCUAUGGAAGAAAUGGAAGAAUCUGUGUGUGGGGGAUGUGGUGUGUCUCAGCAAAGACAGCAUCGUCCCGGCUGACUUGCUCCUGCUGGCCAGUACAGAGCCCAGUAGCCUGUGCUAUGUGGAAACCGCAGACAUUGAUGGGGAGACCAACUUGAAGUUCAGACAGGCUUUGAUGGUCACACAUCGGGAGCUUACUAGCCCAAAGAAGAUGGCUUCCUUCCAGGGUACAGUGACUUGUGAGGAACCCAACAGCCGGAUGCAUCAUUUCGUGGGGAGCCUUGAGUGGAACAACAGGAAGUACUCGCUGGACAUCGGGAACCUCCUCCUACGUGGCUGCAAAAUCCGCAACACAGACACCUGCUACGGCCUGGUCAUCUAUGCUGGUUUAGACACGAAGAUCAUGAAGAACUGUGGGAAGAUUCAUAUGAAAAGAACCAAGCUGGACCUGCUGAUGAACAAGCUGGUGAUCUGGGUCUUCAUAUCCCUCGUGAUUGUGUCCCUGCUGCUAACACUGGGCUUCGCCUUCAUGGUGAAGGAAUUCAAAGGCAAACACCACUACGUGUUGGCGCUGCACGUGCGCACAGAGGUCGUGGAGUCUUUCUUCAUUUUCUGGGGUUUCCUCAUCCUGCUGAGCGUCAUGGUGCCCAUGGCCAUGUUCAUCAUUGCCGAGUUCAUCUACCUAGGCAACAGCUUUUUCAUCAACUGGGACCUUAAUAUGUACUACGAGCCCCUGGACAUGCCGGCUAAGGCCCGCAGCACCAGUCUCAACGACCAGCUGGGGCAGGUGCAGUACAUCUUCUCGGACAAGACAGGGACGCUCACCCAGAACAUCAUGACUUUCAAGAAGUGCUGUGUCAAUGGCUGCAUCUACGAUUCGGAUGAUGAGCAUGGGAUUCUCCGGAAGCGCAACCCAUAUGCCUGGAACCCAUUCGCCGACGGCAAACUCCAGUUCUACAAUAAAGAGCUGGAACACAUGGUGCAAGGCCAGCAGGACACAGUUGUCCAGGAGUUCUGGCGUCUGCUCGCCAUCUGCCACACCGUGAUGGUACAUGAGAACAACAACCAGCUGCUGUAUCAGGCAGCCUCCCCUGAUGAGGAGGCACUGGUCACUGCUGCUCGGAACUUUGGCUACGUGUUUCGGUCUCGGACCCAGGACACCAUCACCCUGGUGGAGCUGGGGGAGGAACGGGUCUACCAGGUUCUGGCCAUGAUGGAUUUCAACAGCGUUCGAAAACGGAUGUCAGUGCUUGUCCGAAACCCAGAGGGCUCCAUCUGCCUCUACACCAAGGGUGCUGACACAGUCAUCCUCGAGCGGCUUCACAAGAAGGGCGCCAUGGAGACCACCACAGAGGAAGCCCUGGCCGCCUUCGCAGAGCAGACCUUGCGCACCCUGUGCCUGGCCUACAAGAAGGUGGCGGAGGAGGCCUAUAAGCAGUGGGAACCGGAGCACCAGGAGGCCACCCUCCUGCUGCAGAACCGGGCGCAGGCCCUGCACCAAGUGUAUAACAAGAUGGAGCAGAACCUGCAGCUGCUGGGAGCCACGGCCAUUGAAGACAAACUGCAAGACGGUGUCCCUGAGACCAUCAAGUGCCUCAAAAAGGGGAACAUUAAAAUGUGGGUGCUGACCGGGGACAAGCCAGGUGGGUCCCUGGCACUGUUGCCACAGAAUACAUGCUACACCUGGGGUGCUGCACCCGCGGCAGGGCUCUCCGCGAUGUCCCCAGGAGUGGGACACGUGCCUCGCACAACCUCUGCGCUCCCAGAGUUUCAUCGUGACCAUCACACAGCCAGACGUUUACUGGAGAACUAUUGGAACGAAAGCGAACAGCAGAGGGCGUUCAAGAUGAUGACUCACCACAAUAUAGCCUUGGUUAUCAACGGGGAGUUCCUGGAUCAGCUGCUCCUGUCCUUGCGCAAGGAGCCCCGAGCUCUGGUCCAGAAUGCAGUGGUGGAUGAGCCGGUUAUGUCCAGGAUGGACUUCCUCCAGGCGCGGAGGAUCUCCCAGAUGUGGCGAAACAUUGGAUCCUCCCUGACACAGUCCCCGUCAGCCGCCUCUAAGAUCCACGAAAGCCCCGAGGUUCGGCGGGAGAGGGCCUUUGUAGACCUGGCCUCCAAGUGCCAAGCUGUCAUCUGCUGCAGGGUGACGCCCAAGCAGAAGGCCCUGGUGGUGGCCUUGGUGAAGAAAUACCAGCAGGUGGUGACGCUGGCCAUCGGAGAUGGAGCCAACGACGUGAACAUGAUCAAGACUGCAGACAUCGGUGUGGGGCUGGCAGGUCAGGAGGGCAUGCAGGCGGUUCAGAACAGCGACUACGUGCUGGCCCAAUUCUGCUACCUGCAGCGACUGCUCCUUGUACACGGGCGCUGGUCCUACAUGCGUGUCUGCAAGUUCCUGCGUUACUUUUUCUACAAGACGGUGGCCAGCAUGAUGGCUCAGAUAUGGUUCUCCAUGUUCAACGGCUUUACAGCACAGCCCCUGUAUGAAGGCUGGUUCCUGGCUCUCUUUAAUCUGCUGUACUCCACACUCCCGGUUCUCUACAUUGGUCUGUUUGAGCAGGAUGUGACUGCGGAGAAGAGCCUAAAGAUGCCUGAGUUGUACGUGGCCGGCCAGAAAGAUGAGUUGUUCAACUACAGCAUCUUUCUGCAAGCCAUCGUCCACGGCAUGCUUACAUCGCUCAUCAACUUCUUCUUGCCAGUGCUCGUCAGCAGUGACUUUUCCAACUUUGGCAGUUCUAGUGACUACCAGUCCUUUGGGGUACUGGUGGCGAUAUCUGGGCUACUGUCUAUCACCCUGGAGGUUAUUCUUGUCAUCAAGUACUGGACGCUCCUGUGUGUGGGCUGCAUCGUGAUCAGCCUUGCCUCCUAUGUCAUCAUGACAAGCCUCACUCAGAGUCUGUGGUUGUUCAAGAUCUCACCAAAGACCUUCCCAUUCCUGUUUGCUGACUACAACGUGCUGAGCCACCCCAGCAGCCUGCUGGUGAUUGUCCUCAACGUGGCCCUGAGCACGCUGCCAGUCCUGGCUCUGCGCGUCAUCCACAGAGUUGUUUCCAAACUGCGCCCCAAGGAGGAGGAGGUCCCAAGUGAGGAAGAGGAAGUGGCUGUGGAGCCUGCCCUGAGGCAUCUUCGCCGCGGCAUCCCUGCCCGCCGAUCCAGCUAUGCCUUCUCCCACCGUGAGGGCUACGCAGACCUGAUCACCCAGGGCACUAUCCUGCGCAAGUCCAUGGAGGACUCCAUCAGCAAGUCCCCGAACCCAUCUGAAGAAGACCUACCCCCACAGCAACCCCCACAGCACAAGGAGUCGAUAUUUAAUCCACGAAGGAUCUCCAUCCUGGCUAAGAUGAAACUGCAGCAUCAUGCUAAAGCAUCCCAGGAGGAGGUCCACACCGAUACAAGCUUCCAGACAGAGAAACAGGCCACUCUGUACUUGGACCCCUCUGGCACUCUGAAGCCACCCUCCACCCCAAGCGCCAUGUCGGUGUCCUCCUCUGAUGACCAGGCCUUCCACAGUGUGCCUUCACGAUACACCCUGGAGAGCCAACCAGAGCGCUUGGACGUCAGGUCCUCCUCUUGGAAGGGACUUCCCUGGAAGGACCCACCCUCUCCUAAGCCAAGCCAACUGGAAGUCCCCAAGGAACAACAUAGCCACACCUCCAGUUGACCAGAAGUCCCUUGCUGGGAGAUCCCCAGUCAUCCAGUACAGUGGAACCUUCACCUGGGAGUGAGCAGAAGGCCAAGACACAGCCCCGGCAGCAUGGCAGGUACCAGGGACCUUUCAAGUCAGAUCUCCACCCUGCUCAAGUAUACAGCAACUACCCCCGUCCCAGCCCCAACAGGAGUAGGCAGAGACAGUCAACAAACAGCAUCCAAAGACAAGGGGGGCCGCACACUUGCCUUUCUAAUAAAACAGGGUCCCUCUGA